GCUGGCAUCUGGCUGCAGAUGCGCCAUGCAGUCUCUGCUCGUGUUGCUGGCGCUGGGCCGUCUGGCCUCCGGUACCGACCAGCGCACCUGCGGCUUCGCGUCGUGCCAUGCGCUGAAAGAAGGCAUGCUGAACGUCCAUAUCGUCCCUCAUUCGCACGAUGACGUCGGCUGGCUGAAGACCGUCGACGAGUACUACAACGGCGAUAAGAGCUACAUCCAGCCGGCGAACGUCAGCCGUAUCCUGGACUCGGUGUUCGAGCAGCUCAUGGCGGAUCCGGACAGGAGGUUCAUCCAGGUGGAGACGGCUUUCCUGUGGAUAUGGUGGCAGCAGCAGAACGAGACGACGCGCGACCAGUACCGCCAUCUUGUGCGGACCGGGCGAGUCCAAAUGGCGGGCGGGGGGUGGAGCAUGCCGGACGAGGCCACCACCCAUUACCAGUCCCUCAUCGACAACUUCAGCUGGGGGUUCAAGUUCCUGAACGACACCUUCGGGCCGUGCGGGGUCCCGGACGUGGGCUGGCAGAUCGACCCUUUCGGCCACUCGCGGGAGACGGCGGCCAUCAUGGCGGCCAUGGGCUUCCAGGGCACGUUCCUGGGGCGCCUGGACUACCAGGACUACGGCCUCAGGAAGAACUUGUCCAACCUGGAGGUCCUGUGGCGCGCCAGCGACCACCUGGGCGCCGAGGCCAACAUCUUCACGAGCGCGCUGUACGACGAGUACGGCCCGCCGCCUCACUGCUGUUGGGAUGUGCGCUGCAGAGACCCGGACAUCUCCGAUGGCAACUCCGAGAGCAUUACAAGAUCUUUCAUGACGUAUGUGAAUGAGAAGGCAAAGCAUUUCAAAACCAAUAAUGUAAUGAUCACCAUGGGAUCAGAUUUCACAUACAUGGACGCCAAAAGAUAUUACACCAACACUGACAAACUUAUCAAGCUGGUGAACGCGCGGCAGGCGGACGGCGGCGCCAUGCACCUGGUGUACUCCACGCCGUCCUGCUACCUGAAGGCGGUAAACGAUGCCCGGCCGGUCGUCGCCACCAAGCACGAUGACUUCCUGCCGUACGCGAGCGAGCCGGCGGCCUACUGGACCGGCUACUACAGCUCCAGACCUACCCUCAAGUACAUGGAGCGGCUGGGCAACAACUACCUCCAGGUGUGCAAGCAGCUGAGUGCCCUCGCCGGCCUGCGCCCCGCCUCGCUGGACGCCCUCAGGCGCGAGAUGGGCAUCAUGCAGCACCACGACGCCAUCACGGGCACCGAGAAGGAGGCCGUGGCCAACGACUACGCCCUACGGCUGUCCUCGGCCAUCGCGGGCAGCGCCCAGUUGGCUCGCGAGGCACUGGGCGUUCUCCUGGGAGGGAACUCCAGCAGCUCGGCGGAGUUGAAGUCCUGCCUGCUGCUGAACAUCAGCCAGUGCGACGUGUCCGAGCAGAACGAUGACUUCGUGGUGACUGUGUACAACCCGCUCAGCAGACCCGUGUCCCACUACGUGCGGCUGCCCGUCAAGAACGGCACUUACUCUGUUACCGACCAUGCAGGGGUGUCCCAGAGGGUGCAGACACUGCCCAUCCCCUCUCCUGUGCUGCGGCUUGCUGGCCGACAGAGCGAGGCCUGGCAGGAGCUGGUGUUCCGAGCUGUCGACCUGCCUCCCUUGGGGUUGAGGAACUACAGAGUGUCCAGGACCUCCUCCGUUGGCAGUGUCCACCAGCCGGUGAACUCCAGCUUCAUUGGCAACACUCUCCUGACCUUGCACGUCGAAUCCGACACCGGACUGCUGGCCAAGAUGGUCGUCAACGGCUCAGAGGUCGUGGUGGAGCAGAACCUAUACUACUACGACGCCUAUGUGGGGCUCAAUGGAGGCUCUGGGACGCGGACUAAUGGAGCAUACGUAUUCAAGCCCAAAACCAACACUCCGACACCAUUUGCAGAUAAAGCCACCUUCUCAAUAUACAAAGGAGAACUUGUAGAAGAGAUUCAACAGCAGUUUAACGACUGGGCUAGCCAAGUUAUCAGGGUGUACAAAGGAGAAGAGCAUGCAGAAUUCGAAUGGCUCGUAGGACCAAUUCAGAUGUCUGGCAGCGGCACACAACCUAUAUCGAGGUUCUCGUCGGCACUGCGAUCAACCGGGGAGUUCCACACGGACUCUAACGGCCGGGAGCUGCUGCGUAGGAGGAGGGGCUACCGGGCCUCGUGGAACGUCAACAUCACGCAGCCAGUGGCUGGAAGCUACUACCCCGUAACCUCCAGGAUAGCGAUCAAAGACGAAAAGGCGGGGCUCGAGAUGGCCGUGCUGACGGAUCGCGCCCAGGGAGGCAGCAGCCUGCAGGAUGGUCAGAUAGAGCUCAUGCUGCACCGGCGCCUGGGCAAGGAUGACGGCCUGGGCGUGGCGGAGUCCCUGAACGACACACAGCCGGCCCGCGGUAGACACUACCUGGUGCUGGGCCAGGCGUCCCUGGGCGCCGGACAGCGCCUGCUGGCACUACGCAAGCAGCUGCAGCCCUGGCUGUUCCUCAGCAGCACCGCAGACUGGCCCGCCGACUGCAAGCACCAGUACGCGGGACUGAGGAGCGCGCUGCCCGACAGCGUCCACCUGCUGACCUUGGAGCCGUGGGGCGACGACACCGUGCUGCUGAGGCUGGAGCACAUCGCGGGCACGGGCGACGACGGGCAGCCGUAUGGCAGCGUCACCGUCGACCUGGAGGCCAUGUUCGCACCCCUGGCCAUCGGCUGGGCGCGAGAGACGACCCUGGAUGGCACCCAGUGGCUGUCGGACGUGGCGAGGCUGUCCUGGAACACGACGGACGGCAGCGACACAGCCAGCGCGAGGCUCAACCCAGUCGGACUCGCCGUCUCUCUGCGCCCCACGCAGAUCAGGACGUUCGUCGUGCGACUGGGCUGACUGCAGGUUCGGCCUGGCAGCGAACGACCCGUUGUUCGCGCUCCUGGACGAAUAAUCGUACGCGAAAUGUUUUUGGCAACUCUUUAUUUAAGGUUAAAAACUAAUCUCUAAUCAUUUCUAUGAUGUAUUGGGCGAGACUGGAAAUAAACGUUAUGAAAUUUUGCAUUGAA